AUGGAGAAGCAAACUAUCGACACCGAUAAGCAGGCGACGGCCGAUGACCCUUCGCAGCGCUCGUCUACCCUUGUGUCAACUUCAGAGCGCAGCGACACCGAUAUCCCUAACCACGAUGCGAAAGCUCGUCCGACUGAUGAAUAUCCGCAUGGUGCCCGCCUAGCUGCUGUUAUGGUUUCACUCAUGCUGGGCAUGUUUUUGGUGGCACUUGACAACACCAUCCUCGGCACGGCCAUUCCCAAGAUAACGGACGAAUUCCAUGACCUGAACAAAGUGUCGUGGUAUGGGGCAGCCUAUUUGAUGACUUAUGGCAGUGGCUUUCAAUCAACCUGGGGAAAGUUCUACAAGUACUUUCCGAUCAAGCCCUGGUUUCUCGUUGCCGUAUUCAGUUUUGAAGUGGGCAGUCUCAUCUGUGCCGUGGCGAAAGACCCUACAACUCUCAUAGUCGGCAGGGCUAUCGCCGGCUUCGGUGGGGCCGGAGUUUGUGUGGGAAUCUUCACGAUUAUCGGGUUCGCUGCACCUCCUGAGAAGCGCCCACAGCUUUUGGGCUUUACCGGAGCAACCUAUGGCAUCGCCGCGGUCUUAGGACCGCUCAUCGGCGGCGCUUUCACUGACAAAGUGUCAUGGCGCUGGUGCUUCUACAUCAAUCUGCCCAUCGGAGGACUUGCUACCGGGACGAUCUUCCUUCUCUUCAAGACCCCAAGUAGUGCAGCUCCGGCCAAGGCUACACCCAAAGAGAAGUUCUUGCAAAUGGACCUCGUUGGUGGGGCCCUUAUGAUGGGGCUGAUCGUUUCAUUUCUGCUGGCGCUGCAGUAUGGCGGCCAAACACAUUCGUGGAAGAGUAGCGAGGUUAUAGGACUGCUAGUCGGCGCUUUUGUGAUGGCUCUGGCCUUUGUGGCUUGGGAAAUAUACCAGAAGGAACGUGCAAUGAUUGUUCCACGACUGUUCAUGAAACGAUACAUUUCCGUCGGGUCCAUGUUCAUGUUCUUCUUCGGCGGCGCCUACUUCAUCAUCCUUUACUUUCUUCCAAUCUAUUUCCAGAGCGUAUACAACAGCAGUCCAAUCGGAUCUGGCGUUAAAAUGCUCGCACUCAUCAUCCCCCUAGCCCUCGCUGCCGUCGUACAGGGAUUCGCGCUGUCCAAAAUUGGCAUCGUACCUCUGUUUUGGAUCAUAGGUGGCGUUUUGGGAACCGUCGGCUGUGGCCUCUUCUAUACUUUUGAUAUCGGAACAUCUACUGGCAAGUGGAUUGGUUAUCAGAUUCUUGUUGGUUUCAGCUCGGGCUGGACAUUCCAGAUUGCCAUGUCAAACGCGCAAGUCCAUGCCUCACCAGAGGACAUGUCGCAGGCCACAGCUAUCGUUAACUUCUUCACGACCGUCGGCGGAGCCUUCUUUCUCUCAGCAGCACAAUGCGUCUUCAACAAUAAGCUGAUUGAAACGGUUAUCAGAAAACUCCCCGAGCUCGACCCGGCGGUAGUGAUUGGGACCGGUGCAACACAAGUCCGCGAAGUUUUUACGGCCUCGCAAGUUACCACCCUCAUUGAUGCCUACAUGGUUGGUCUAAAAGCUGUCUUUGUAAUUACAGUCGCCGCCUACGGUUUUGCCACUGUCAUUGGAUGCUUUGGCAGCUGGAAGAAGAUCAACGGUGGUGAGAUGAAGAAGGCGGCUGGUGGCGCUGCAUGA